CGCCGACGUUAAUAUUUGUCGGCGCAGGUCUCUGCUACUUAGUGCAUUUUCUCUCAUUUUUUAACACAUUUGUCUUCGUGUGCAAAUAUUAAAUAAUUUACAAAAAAUUAAUAAAAAUAAAAGUUUAAACUAAAGCCCUUAGUUGUAAAAUCGAAGCGGAAUCGAAAGUCCCAAAAACGGCAAACAAUGAAUACUGGUGAAAUUAUAACAACAGAAAUUAACACAGAAAUCAAAGUAGAAGUCCAAUUGGAAACUGCUUCCAUUGUUAAAGUGGAAACGAAGGCUAUAGGAGGCAUUGAAAAUACGGAUGUUUCCACACAGGAAGCCAUCGAUAUGAUGUCAAAUAAACAAGAGGUGGAAAAGGAAAAAACUCGAGAUGAAAUCAAAGCAGAACGUGAGGCUAAAAAAUUAGCCAAACAAGCUAAAAAACAAAAGGCUGGUGUCGUUGCAGGUGUUGCGACAGUAUCGACCAAUAACUCUCCUCCAGCAAACAAGGCCGAGAAUAUUAAUGAUACUGCUCCUAUACCAGAGGAUGGUAGUGAAAAAACGCGUGAACAAAUUAAGGCUGAACGUGAGGCUAAAAAUGGCGCCGAAAGGAAGGAGCAAUACAGAAGCUCAAGAGCUGCAAAGGCUCAAGCUCAAAGUGCAGCGGCAACUAAAGAAAUCGUCAUCACCGUCACCCCUCAACAGAGACGAGGUCUGCCUAAAAGGGCCACUAGUAAUUCGCCAGUUAAAACUGUACGCUUUAAUGAUGGCAAUGUUAAACUCUUUAGUCACUUGGAAAAGCCCAACACAAAUGCCAAUUUAUUUGUUAAUAACACACACAUUCACCCUAGUAUAGCACGCUUAGGAGAACAAUAUGCCAAGCGUACUAUAGUCGGUUCGAAUGCCAGAUGUAUGGCAUUUUUAAGUGCCAUUAAAAUGGUCAUAGAAGAUUAUGAGACACCAGCUAAAAAAGAGUUCAGUCGUAGUUUAGAAUCCUUUAUAGCCAACUGUGUUGAGUACUUACAAAAAUGUCGUACAUUGGCUGUUUCCGUUAUUAAUGCCCAUAAAAGUCUUAAGCAAGUUUUAAUGCAGUUACCUAAAGAUGAACCAGAAUCGGAGUUAAAAGAAAGACUUUUCAUAUUUAUUGAUACUUAUAUUGAAAAUCAAAUUUUCAAAGCAGCCCAGGCUAUUAAUUCCAUGAUGCAAAAGAAAAUCAAUAAUGGAGAUGUUAUAUUAACUUUUGGCUGUUCUUCUCUUAUCAACUACAUCUGCGAGGAAGCCCAAGCACGAAAAGUCGAUUUCCGAGUCAUUGUGGUCGACUCACGUCCCUUCUGUGAAGGCCAGGAGUUGCUUAGACGUCUCACUGCCAAUGAAAUUCCCUGUUCUUAUGUUUUAAUCAAUGCUGUUAGUUUUGUUAUGCCCGAAGUUACAAAAGUUCUUUUGGGAGCUCAUGCUCUCUUGGCCAAUGGUUAUGUUAUGGCACGUACCGGUACAGCUCAAGUGGCUUUAGUUGCACGCUCGUUUAAUGUCCCCGUUCUUGUUUGCUGUGAGACUCACAAGUUCAGUGAACGUUUUCAAACGGAUGCCAUUGUUUACAAUGAACUAGGAAAUCCCGAUGAUAUUGUGGUAGACGAUAAGUGUUGUCUUUCGAAUUGGCAGGCCAAACAUAAAAUGUCUCCAUUAAAUUUAAAUUACGACAUAACACCACCCGAACUAGUAACUGCCGUAGUUACAGAGGUUUCCGUCUUACCGUGCACCAGUGUUCCUGUUAUUUUGCGUAUGAAACCAGAUUGGCUGGUAUAGUAAGAAGAAUAUAAUAAGAACUUAAAACAAAAUAUUUAAUAUUUUGCAAACAUUUUUUUUAUUUUAUUUCUUAAAGAUUAUAUUGUUGAAUAGAAAACAUAAAAAUAAUAAUAAACAACAAUGUCUUGGAAA